AGUUUGAAUCAGAGACUCCUACUACUUUAUUAUACACAUUCUAAAAGAUCGCUCGUAGAGAUCACCCGAUGGCGAGCGGUGACGUGGACGCAGUGGAUUUUGAACCGGAGGAUGACGAUCUCAUGGACGAGGACGCCGCCGGCGACGCCUCCCCUCAAGCACCGUUGCCCAAGCUCAAGUCCGCCAUAACUGGCGCCGCUUCCACCUCUCUUUCUGGCCCUAAGAAGACCAAGGGCCGUGGCUUCCGCGAUGAAGACGCUGACCGCAACUCCCGCCUCGCCUCCCGCGACUUCGAGUCUCUCGGCACUGACGGCGACCCCGGUCCCCAGAGAUCUAUUGAAGGAUGGAUUAUUUUGGUCAGUGGUGUACACGAGGAAGCACAAGAGGAUGAUUUGCACAAUGCAUUUGGUGAAUUUGGAGAGAUUAAGAAUUUGCAUUUAAAUCUUGAUCGUCGCACUGGAUUUGUCAAGGGAUAUGCGUUGAUCGAGUAUGAAAAGUUUGGAGAAGCGAAAAAGGCCAUAUCCACAAUGGAUGGAGCAGAACUUCUAACGCAGACUAUCAAUGUUGAUUGGGCCUUUAGCAAUGGACUCGGUGCUGGAGCCUUCAAAAGAAAAAAUAUGAGAUCUGGAAGGACACAUCGCUCAAGGAGCCCUCGGAGAAGAUACUAAUUUGUUGAGCUCCAUAUUAACAAGAGAAGAUGUUGUUCGAAGCUUAAUUUACUGAAAUUUUGGGUUUGUAUUUGUUUUUGGCUGAUGAAUGGUGCCCCCUCGUACUGUAUUUUUUCUUGCUUUUCCACUGCGGCUUUUUAGCUUUUGAUAUCCAAGUUUAACUUAGAAGUAA